AAUUAGGACCAGUGAAUGCGGGGACCCUUGCGAAAUCCUGUUAGAGAUGUGGCCAUGGUCACAGAUAACGAGGAAUGGUUGGAAAAGCAAGGCCUAUUGGAUGAGAUACGCCAGCUAAACGAUGACAAACGGCUUAUGUCCCAGCUGAUGCAACAAAAUCAGGAGAGCUACGAGAAAAGGAUGCAUGAACUGCUUAGUUCUGGCGAGGACAUAGAACAUCGGUACAGUGAGCUUCUGGAGGAGAAGCGCCAGCAGGUGGAUGACCUCAAGUUGCAGCUGGAGGCCGUCGACAGACAGCUGAAGGCCAACAAGCAAUUUCUCAAUGAGCAAGCCCAUGAACGAGAGCAGGAGAGGGAGGAGUAUCAGAAGGAGAUCAACCAAUGGAGGACCACUGUCCAGCAGAUGGAGCGACAACAGAACACUGAGAUUAGACUGAAGAAAGAGAUGGUGGAGGAACUGUCUGACCAGUUGGAAAGCCGCAUCUCUACCCAGAGUCAGAUGUUGAUGAAGAAAGAACAGCUUGAACGAGACAUUCAAGACAAAGAUUUGAAUGCGUUGGAACUGAAGCAGUUGGUGGAACAACUAGAACAAGAGUUGGACGAGAAAGUUACCAAAGAGAAGCAACAGGAACAGAGAAUUCUCCAGCUUGAACAGCAGAUCACCAAACUACAGGAAAUCAACGAAGAACUAAGCGAAGAGAUGAAGUUGUCCACAACAGAAGACAAAAAAAUCAUUGGUAGUCUGGAGACUCAGCUGGGUGAUCAGCGACUGGUUUAUGAGAAGAAAGCCUUAACGCUGGAUGAAGAACUGAAGAAAGCCCGCAGAAUUGAAGAGGAACUUUCUAGUGAAAAAGCUGCCCUUGAACAGCAUGUUUGUGAAAACCUGCUCCAAAUAGCCUCACUGAAGAACCAGUUGGAUGAAUCCCGCCAGCGUAAAAUGUCCCUGGGGAUGUUAGAGGAACCAGAAGAAUCUACCGUCCAGUUGCAGAUCAAAGAAAAUGAGCUGGAUGUUCUAUCUGACAUGGUGGACAAACUUGAAUUGGAAGUGGAACGCAAGAACAGUGAACUGGCUGAACUGAAGAAAAGACUGAAUGGUAACCUUGAUGAUAGCAAGGAUGAUGAAGAUGAUGAUGAUGAUCAUGAUAGUGUUGCUGGUAGUGAUGGAGGGAGCACCACCAGAGUUCUUCAGUUGAAAGAAGAGAAUGAACGGUUGAAGUCCCAGGUCAGUUCACUGCAACAACAGCUGACCACUGAUGGUUUCUCAAGCCUCACCCAGCAGCUACUGGAUGAGAAGAACGAACAGAUAGACCAGCUGCGAAACCAGAUCACUGAGCAGACACAGUCAAACCCAUUAUUCAAUGAUUUGUCUUCCGAAAACAGUGAACUGAGAGAACAAUUGCAGAAGAAAGUUACAGAUCUUGAAGGGAAGGACGCCAAGCUGCACAGUUUGACGGUGUUGGUCGAAGAACUCCAAAGCCGGCCGUAUGUCAGUGAUGAGAGCUUCAUGGGAGAUAUGUCCCUGCCAUUUGAACGAGGUUCACCUUAUAUCGGUACCAACUCAAUGACUGAACGGACCAGUCUUCAGCAGGAACUGUCUGCAGUAAUCACUGACCGUGACCAACAAAUCAACUCCUUGCAGAGCGAACUGCUGCAAAAGGACGACAAAUCUUGCCAGAUGCGUAUCGAGUUGAUGCUGGAACAUGAUGAAACGGUCACCUCCCUGCGGGAGAUGCUGCAGGAGAGGGACAUGACGGCAGACGAGAUGUGCACCGAGAUCGAUGGACUGCACGCGGAGAUAACCAAUUUGAGUGAACACCAGGCCAAAUUACAGGAAGACUUCGACACAGUUCAAGGGAUGCUGGAAAGCAAAGACAAGGAAAUUGAUGAACUGACCAAAGAGAUCUCGGAACUACGGUCUCAAGUGGACAACAGUGAUGUUGUGGUCAGUGACAAAUUGGAUGAUGUUGUGUCUGAGCUCGUGAUGCGAUAUGAAGCGGAGACCAAACAACUAAAGAAGAAAGUGAAGGAGUUGGAGAACGUGAUAGAGGAGAAGAUGGAAGAGAACUAUACACUGAAUGAGAAAAUCGAGGAAAUGGGUAACCUUAAGGAUGAAGUGUCCCAAGUGAGAAGUGAGUUGGAGAAGGAGAAGAAGUUAGUGGAGAGUAAGAGUGCCACUUUGCAGAACAUGGAGCGUCGAGUGGAAUCCUCGAACAAAGUGAUUGGGCAGCUGCAGCAACGUGAAGACCACUGGCAGCUGAAGUACUCGCAGACAGAGCUGCAGUUGCGAGAACGGGAAGAUCACUUGCAUCAGCUGCAGAAUGAGGUGAUGGAGCGAGAGGAAUCGGACGAGAAAGUGCGACAGAGACUAAAUGUCGCCGAGCAGCAGGUUGGGGUGCAACAACACAACAUCCAGGCUCUGCAGUCACGGGUCAGCGACAGCGAGGCACGGCUAAAGGAGAGCCGUGAGACAAUCUCUGAACUGAAGGACACACUGGCCUCGUUGGAAGAGGAGAAAGAGCAGAUGGCUGGACGAAUGACCAGUAAGGACGCUCUGAUAGCCAAGCUUCAGGAACAACUUCAUCAUCUGGAGAAGAAGUCCCACGACCAAGCUGUGGAGAUCAGCCAGCGUGAAAAGAGCUACAUGACCCUGGUGAAGAUGCAUCAGGAGAAAGAUGAACUCAUCAGUAUUGAGGAGGGACGCACCCUUGUACUUCGGGCUGAGGUGGAUGACUUGCAGAAUGAGCUCCUUCUGAGGGAAGAAGAACAGAGCAAGGUCCAAGCUGAACUGGACGAGUGCAAAAUUCGUCUGGACAAUCUCAACAAGUCUGUAGUGGACAACGAAGUGACCGCUAGCAAUUCUGUAGAAGCCAGCAGCAGCCCCAGACGGUCAUCGUCGGAAUGUGAAGAAGAGGACGAUAAAGCCACAGUAUCCAAGUUGCAGUCAGAUCUAGAAACUUCCCAGCGUGUGGCUGAAGAAAAGUCUAAAGAAAUUGAGAACCUACGGACAGAACUGCAGGAACGAAACACGCAGCUUAGUCAAUUACGCCUGUCUGUUGACAUAGAAAAGAAGAAAUCCGAUCAGUUGCAGAGCAAAUGCGAGCAGCUGCAAACGGAAUUGCAAGAGGCGUGGGAGAUGAAGCUGGUGAAUGAUAAUCACAUUGACGAUUUGAAGAAGAAGCUGUUUAAAUUGGAGUCUGAAGAGCUGAAACCUAGCAACCUUCAGUCUCUGGAAGACACGCAGGUAAUCCAAUCAAAGUUCACGGACCUGUGGCAGGAAAUCCAGAAGAGAGAGAGCGAUGUGGAGCGUCUGGAGAUGGAGCUGGUUGAGGCUAAUCAAAAGGUGCACUCCCAGGAAGCUGAGAUUCAGGUCUCGAGCUUGCAGACUGCAGAGGAUGGUGGCCAGCUUUCCGAGCAAAUCAACAUACUGCUCGGAAAGCUGGAAGCAUCACAAGUUGACAUUGAGUCGAAGGAGGCAAAGAUUGUGAGCUACGAGAAUGAGCUGCAGAUAAAGGACAGCAUGCUACAACAGCUGCAGCAGCAGCUUGAGAAGUCCGCAUCGUCAUAUCACAGCUCAAAACUGGAGUACCACACAUUGCUUGGUGAAGAGCAGAUCGAAGCCACAAAGGCCGAGGGCCGAAUUGUGGUGCUUCGCAGUGAGGUGGACGACUUACAGAAACAGCUGGUCAGUAAAGAGACGGAACUGCAGACCGUCCGAGAUCACCUGAUGGACACGCAAGUUCAGCUGGUUAAUAGGGCUCAGGAGAUGACUCGUAUAUGCCAACAUCACAAUUCUUUUGAUGAGGAUCUGACAGACAGUUCAAGUAGUAAAGCUGUGCAUCAAGAGAAAUCUCUGUCUGAGGACACAAUCAAAAGUGCUGAGACAGCCAAUAUGAAACCUCAGCUACCAGAAACUCUUGUCCACCGUCUUGAGUCAGAACUUGAGAAAACAAGAUCCUUGCUUCAGCUACGCAUAGGGCAGCUGGAGGAAAAGAAUUUGGACACGAGUGGUACAUCGGCAGACGAAAGUAGCACCAUCUCACAAGAGAGGGUCAUCGGUCACAUCAAACAGGUAUACAAUGAGCUGCUAUCGAUGCGUACCAUUCUGGAGCAACUGUGUCAAGAUAAAGCAACUCAGCAGACUGGAAUACUGGAAAAGAUGUCUGAUAACCAACAGACAAGAGUACGAUCUGAUGAAAUGCUACAAGAACUGUCGAGAUCAUCACCCAUGAGCCAAACAGACAGAAAAUCCUCUGGAUUUAGUUCCACUAAUGUGGCUUGGGGUGCUACCUCUGUAGAAUCUCCUGAAUUUCGUCCAGUUGUGCCAAAUGAACAUGUUCAGAAGCCAGAAACAACAACGAAACAGACAAACAUUGAAGCGACUCUCUAUGGAACCAAUGAUGUACAGAUUCAAGAACACCUAAAGGUGUUAUUAAGCCGUAUUCAGAAAGAGGGUAUUCAAACACUGACGCUGUCUGAACUACAGUUCAUUCGAUACCACACCACACCAAAACCUACUGCUAGAAACAUCGACAUUGAGGCUCUGCGUACAGCCUGGGAGAAAGAACGACAGACACUGUUGUCUGCUAUUCAGGCCCUCAAAGAACUUUUGGCCCAAGAACAGCAACUAGCAACACCUGAUUGGGAAUUGAGUUCGACCAACGUUGACUGGCGCAGGGAAUUGUUGCACACCCUUAGCCAUGUGUUCAUGCGAGAGCGAGAUGUGUUGCUGUCUGAGCUGAGGAGUUAUGUCCUUAUCAACAGCGAUGGGACUGAUCUGUCAGCCGUGCAGAGACUUGAACAGAAGAUCAUUGAACAGGAAUGCCAGCAGAAAGCUUCACUGGAGCAAGUGAUAUGUGCUGACCGUCAGUCUUUGGUGUCCGAAGUGAGAGACAUGAAGGCUAAACUGGCCAUCAUGCAACUACAGCACCAUGACGACAAAGAACAACUGACCGACAAACUGCAGGAACUGGAGAAACAACGAAUCAAACGGGAAGAUCAGCUGCAAAGACACAUUAAAUUACUGGAAUAUCGCCUGGAGCAGUCUCGUGUCAUCCAGGAUGACUUGCACUCUUCCAUUGAAAUGGAGCGGAAACGCACGUCGGAGCUGGCCAGUGAGCUGACCAAAUCGAAGGCCCAUGCCAUGGACUUAAAUGGUGAGGUGACCAACCUCCAGGUGAACAUAGCCAAAGUGAAAGAUGCCUUUGAACAGGAGCACAGCCGCUAUCUGUCCCUCAUGUGUUUGUGGGAGGAAAUGCUUGCCGCCUUGGAAGAAGAGAAAGUCCGUACGACAGAGUUAACCGAACGGCUUGAGUGUGAGAAGCAAAAUGUUCACCAUCUUCAAGAUGACCUUGAAAACAUCACCGGUCAACUGGGUAAAGAACGUGACCUUGAAUACCAGCAUUUGUAUUUGGCCCUGGAAAAUGAAAAGGAGAAGCUGAAGGAGUCAAGUGCUGUGACUCAAGAGAAGCAAGCCGAAAACCUCUCUCUACAACAGGAAUUAGAAGCUGAGAAACUACGGUGCCAAUCUAUCACUGCCAAAUAUGAUGUCACUGUGGCCCAAUUAAAUUCCCGAUUAGCUGAUGAACAGUCCUUGAAUGAGCAAAUCACCAGCAACUUGACCAAGGAGAAGAAUCUCAACAUUCAACUGAAGCAGUCAUUGGACAAAGUGUGCAGCAUCCGGCAGGACACAUGCGAACGAGAUCGAGCGACCAUCACCGAUCUGCAGGGAAUGCUGGAGACUGAGCGCAGCUGUGUGUCAGACCUCCAACGUCAGUUGGACUCUGCACGGGCAGAGCACCAGACAAGGAUCUCAUCCCUCACAGCUCAGCAGCAAUCAGUCAAAGAAUCCCUGGAGAAGGAGACAGCCAAGUUCCACAAACUCAAAGUGAAGUCGGACAUCUUUGAGAACCAGCAAAGUGAUCUGCAACGACAGCUCGACUACGAGAAGGAGCGCACCAUUCGUCUGCAAGCAGAGAAGCACAGCCUGACGCUGGAACUGCAGAACUUGCGCCAGCGUGAGAAGGAACGAUACAUCACUGCUGAGAAUGAGAAAUUGGCCAACAACAGGAAGGUGAAAGAGAUGUCACGUCAGCUAGAAAACCAGAAAGUUGUCAUGCAUCAGAAUGAACUGGAGGUGGAGCGACUGCAGGAGAAGGUGCAAGGAUUGGAGGCUGAUCUGCAGAACUCAAGGCUGCGUGAGAGGCAGCUGGUGCAUGAAAUUGAGUACACCAAGUUGCGCAGUCCUCAUAACUUGGAAUCCUUUACUGCACACCUCAGGCCAGAUGUGAUGACCACCACCUCGACAAACCACAUGAAGCCAGAUACUAAGGAGAAAGAGAAGCUGUUAUCUGCCUUUAAAAGUCAGCUGGAAAAUAUUCGCCAGUGCCUGGAGUCUGCCGGAAUGACCUUCCAGGAUUGUCUAAAUAAAAUCACCGGUUUCCUGAAAGCCAAUCAGACAACAGCUCCAGCAUCCCAAGACAGCUUCGGUAUACUGUGUUCAAUGACCGCUUCCGUUGAUGACAUGCUCUCUGACCUGCGAGAGCUUCAGAUGUCCCUAACUUUAGAAGCUCAGGAAGGUCCUGGCUACCCCCAUCUAGCUGCCAUUAUCAACCAGCGAACCCUACAGCACAAUCGGGACUUACUCAGCAGCAUCUUCAAGCUGAGUGAAGAAAAGUUAGCCCUGAGGGCACAGCUACUUGAAUGUGAGGAAUGUAUUCAAAACUACAAGACUCGGGAUUACAUUCAACAGACCCAAAAUUCUGAUGGUGAUGGCGACUCGUUGCUAGAGACCUCAUUCACCAUGGAGCGGAUCCGAUGGGACCAGGAGAGGGCUACCUAUGAACUAGCCCUGCAAAACUGUGAGAAGCGGAUCGAACAACUCCAACGGAACUUGAGAAUUGAACGAACCCAAGGUUUCGCCCUCUCCAAUAACAACACCACCUCCACCACCACCACAAGUCCAAAUAUCAACACCACCACCAACAACAACAACCCAAUGUUGAUGGAAUCAGAUUUGAUCCAGACUUUGUUCAGGAAGUACUUUAGAGCCGAGAGCUUCCGUAAGGCACUGAUUUACCAAAAGAACUAUCUGUUGGUGCUGCUGGGUGGUUUCCAGGACAGUGAGCAGACUGUCCUUGCUCUUCUGUCACGGAUGAAUGCUAGGGGUCAUGACAAUAGGUUGUUAGGGGAUUCAUACAACCAGGGCCAACACAACCGAUGUCAUCCUUUGGCCAGGUUCCGAAGUGCAGCAAGGGUCAUCGUAGCAAUCUCACGUAUGAAGUAUUUGGUGAGGAAACUGCAACAAGCAUGUGCUCUAUCCUUGAGUGGGGUCCUUAACCUCUCUCCACAGCACCGAGGAAAAUUCAAGCCCUCAGGUCACACAGUGCCAUGUUCCAGCUCUGCAUCGACCACGACGUCCAGUACCUAUUCUGCCCCACUCGAAGGUGCCACAGCUGCAACCAGUCCGCACAGCAACCCGUUCAUGUCAGCACCGUAUUGCAGCCUGAAGCUGCGCUCUAGUGUCAGUUCAGUACGGCCAAGACCGAGUUUUGGUCACAGUCCACCUGGGUAUGCAUCGUCAGUGAGGCACACGGCCAACACCAGUUCCAACAACAUCCAGGGGUUCAGUCCCAGCAGUUUAGCAACGCCACCAAUCAAAACGAACCUUACAUCGUCACAAUCACGAUUUAUGACCCCACCAACAAAGGAAGGGAACCACCUAAGAGGGACUUUGGUGACGGUUCCGUCCGUCUAUCAGCUCACGGAGGACCAUUCAGAUCAUUUUCUACAGCAAUCUAUUGAUGCUUUUACAUGGUCACUUUUUACUGAAAAAUCUCGCAGGAUAUUAAAAAAUCUCGGUUUGCCUAAUCACCAACAAUUGCUGGGGCUGCCUUCUUCCACUAACAACGGAGACAUUCCACAGAGUUCGAACUGUGAACGCCAAUCCCCCUGUACUAUACAACAUUGUGACGAUCUCUCUCAACGUUUUGAACAAGUCCAAAGCAACGUCGACCAAGUGAGACAUUCUCCGCAAAUCGAGCGACAACGACACAGGCGGAAAUAUGAUGGCUUUCAUAAAAACAUUGACCUCUGACCCUUGGCCUGGCAUUUUUUUUAAUUCAUUUUUUUUUUUUGUAUAAAACAGAAGGCACAAGCAAAUUUACCUGUGUGCAUGUGUGUUUUUAUAUAUAUAUAUAUAUAUAUAUUUGUGU